AUGCGCCCCCUCAUUCCCCUCCUUCUGAGCGUUGCGAUCGCUGUUUUCGCGCAGGAAGUUACCGUCACCGUCACCGUCGGCCCGGACGGCAAUCGUAUCGAGCCCGCCCCCGCCCCUACGGCCCCCGCGCAGCCCCCCGCGAACCCUGCCCCGCCCGAGAUUACUGUCAUCACCAUCACCGGGCCGAUUGACACGGCGGCGCUCAGCAGCGUAAUUGCGCAGGGUCGUCCCACCCCCGCUGACCCAUCGCCGGCCCCCCCGCCUUCACCCUCGCCGUCGCCCGCUCCGUCGCCGGAGGAGAGCAGCGAGGCUCCCCCCAAGUCUCCGGCUUCCCCUCCUGCGUCGUCGCCGGUCCCGCCGGCCACCACCCCUGCAGUGCCUCCAACCAACCCGGCCCAGCCGCCUCCGACCUCGCCUGCUGCCCCGGCGCCUGCGCCGACGACACAGGAGCCGGCGCCGAGUCCCGCCCCCACGCCCGAGAGCGGCGGCGGAAGCGCGAGUCCCUGUCUCGCGAUGGUGCUCGUUGGCCUUGGGGCUGCUAUGGCGCUCUAG